AUGUCCGGGCUGGCGCGGGCCGUGCGGCGGGCGGCUCCCGUCGGGCUGGCGGCGGCCCGGCACGGGGAGAGCGGCGGCGGCGGGCGGCGCUGGGGCUGGGGGCUGGCGCUGGGGCUGGCGCUGGGCGUGAGGGCGGCGGCGGGCGGCGAGGCGGACGGCGAGGCGGGGGAAGCGGCGCCGCGGGGCUUCGGCGCGGCCAUCGAGAGGAGCCGGGACCUGCUGCGGAGGAUCAAGGAUGAGGCGGGCAUCCCAGGUAUCCUGGUUGGAGUGUCUGUGGAUGGACGAGAGGUGUGGACCGAAGGUUUGGGUUACGCUGAUGUAGAGAAUCGUGUGAUGUGUAAGCCAGAGACCAUCAUGCGAAUCGCCAGUAUUAGCAAGUGUCUUACCAUGAUGGCUGUUGCUAAACUGUGGGAAGAGGGGAAGCUGGACUUAGAUGCCCCAGUGCAGAAAUAUGUCCCUGAAUUUCCAGAAAAAGUCUACGAGGGUGAAAAGGUCACUAUUACCACAAGAUUGUUAGUCUCACACUUGAGUGGGAUUCGUCACUAUGAGAAAGAUAUUGCAAAAGUAAAGGAAGAAAAGGAAAAGGCAAACAGGGCAGUUAAACUAACGAAAUCUGGUCAAGAUAAAGAACAGAAAGAGAAAGAUGGCAAAGGCAUUGAAAAGACUGAUUCUGUCACGUCAAAGAGGGAACAUGAAGGUGAAGGAAAAAGCCGAAAUUCAAAACCUGGCCGGAGGGACAAGGAAUUUGAACACGAAGAGUAUUAUCUGAAGGAAAAAUUUGAAAGUGUGAUUGAAUCGCUGAAGAUAUUUAAAAAUGAUCCUUUAUUCUUCAAACCAGGUAGCCAGUUCUUGUAUUCCACGUACGGCUUUACCCUCCUAAGUGCUGUUGUGGAGAGAGUUUCGGGGCAAAAAUUUACAGAUUACAUGCUAAAAAUGUUCCGUGACUUGGAUAUGCUGUCAACUGUGCUGGAUGACAAUGAAGCAAUGAUAUAUAACAGAGCAAGGUGUUACGUUUACAACAAAAAGGGACGCCUGGUAAAUGCACCAUAUGUGGACAACUCUUACAAGUGGGCUGGUGGAGGCUUCCUGUCAUCAGUAGGUGACCUCCUGAAAUUUGGAAAUGCCUUAUUGUACAGUUAUCAAGCUGGACAAUUUAGAAACGCUAAUGGCAAGCUUCUUCCUGGGUACCUCAAACCAGACACAGUCGCAAUGAUGUGGACCCCGGUGCCAAAAACGGAAGUGUCGUGGGACAGGGAUGGUAAAUAUGCAAUGGCUUGGGCUGUAGUAGAGAAAAAACAACAGUAUGGCUUCUGCAGGCGGCAGAGACACUACGCGUCUCAUACAGGUGGUGCCGUGGGUGCAAGCAGCGUUCUCCUGAUUCUUCCUGAAGAGUUGAACUCUGAAGCCGUAGAUGCUGCUUUAGUGGCACCACCUAGAGGAGUAAUUGUGAGCAUUAUCUGUAAUAUGCAAUCAGUUUCCCUCAACAGCACUGCCUUAAAGAUUGCAAGGGAAUUUGAUAAAGAGAAACAGGCGCGAUAUUUAGAUUAAAAAAGAGAGGUGAAUAAGUGA